UGUUCCUUACCAGUAACUGCUAGCUAUUAGUUUUUUAUGAUAAAUCUAAUAAGAUGAAAUAAACUCUUAGUAAGAGAGAAGAGACGUAACAAAGCUCAUAGCUUUUAUACCUUUUCAUUUAAUCCACACCACCCAUAACUCUCUUGCUCUCAGUCUCCAUUUCCAGGGAGGAGAUUAGAGCCGUGAAUUGGAGUGGAUCAUGAUCAAGCGGUCACCACGUAGAAACCCCAGAUCCAAAGGCAGCAAGUUAAAACAUGGUCUUCAGAUUUGUUUGUUGCUUGGUGUCUGCUUCUGGUUGAUCUACCAAGUCAAGCAUUCCCAUGACAAGAAGAAGGAGCUUGAUGAGAAAGAUGCAAAUCUCUCUCUCAGUGCACAUCCUCAUGAUGAGCUUCCAAAACUUGGGAGGAAGGACCUCCAUCCUGAUUUGCAAGACAAGACCAGGAGUGAGAAACCCGAGGAAGAAGAGGAAGAAGACACUGGAGUAGACGAGGAAGUAAAUAAGAAGGAAGAAAAGGGGCAUGAAAAAGAGAAAGAAGAAGAAACCAAGCAUGAAGAAGAAGAGGGGGGGACUAAGGAUGAAGAGGUGGAAAGAGAAGAACAUAUUCAUGAAGAGGAAGAGAGAGAAGGAGAAGGAACUUAUCAUUUAGACAAAGAAAGAGAAGAAGAAAUCAGGCAUGAAGAAGAGGAGCAAACUGAAGAAGCAGAGAGUGAAGAAACCGAAGACAAGGGCAGACAAGGUAGAGAUGAUGAAGUAGAUGAACAUGAUCAAGAGAAAAUAGAAGGAGAAGCUGACCGUGAUGAGGAAUUUAUGGAUGAAGAGAAAGAGAGAGAGGAUGAAGGCGAGGAAACAGAAAGUCAAGGUAAUGAAGGUGAAGAUAAUGAAGGCGAGGAAAAGGAAAGUCAAGGUAAUGAAGAUGAGGACAGGGAAGUUCAAGCAGAUAAUGAAACUCAAUCAGAAGAUCAGGAUCAUGAUGGAGGAGGUAAGAACUCCCAUGAGGCCCGAGAGGAACAUUACAAGGCAGACGAUGCUUCCAGUGCAGUGACUCACGACACCCAAAUUAUAAGCACUGAACCAGAGAAAGAAGGUUUGGAGAAAUCAAAUGAGAACUUGGCAGCAGAUGAUUUGCAACAAGAUAAGUAUUCCAUUAGUGGUAACCCCCUGGAUGUUAAUGAGGAUAAAAUUAACUCAACAUCUCAGCUGGAACAAGCUGAAAAUGGCCAUCCUUUGAAUGCAACAACUGAUGAAAAGCAAAAUGACGAGAUCACUCUGACCAAAUCUGAGGAUGAGUCACCUAACAACACAAGGGUUACAGUGCUGUCCAUUGAUCAAUUAGUACCAAGCAAUAAGUCAAUGGAAGUGAGUUCAGAAGCAGGCAAUAACCAGGCUGGUGCAAACCUUGAAGUUUCUGGUUCAUCCCAGCAGAAUGGAAUGUGGAAUGCCUCAGACUCAAAUCAAAUUCGAAAUGCAACUAUUGAUGGUCGAGUUACUGGAGAUGUAUCCAACAUUCAAACCACUCAGUUGGAACAGGUUAAUAAUGACAUGGUUUACAAUAGCAUUGACUCCUCAAACGCUUCUAGUAAUUCGGAUUCUGGUGUAUCAGAUAAGAUCAUUAAGCCUGAAUUAACAGUUGCUGAAGAUGUGAAUUCUGGGUUGUCUUCCAGAACAAAUGAGUCUACAGAAGGUACUCAUGAUGAGAGCUCAGACACCAAAAAUGAAUCAGGUGGAACAGAUGAAAACACCAAUUCUUCUAAUAUGAACGAGGCUGAAGAUGCAAUCCUGCAUGACCCUAUUGAUUCUUCAAUUGGCCAAGAUGAGAGAGAGGCUCGCAUAGAUCUAGGUACACUGCCAGAGACUGGUGCAGGAGGGGUUAACAGUGGAAAUGCUGCAGAAGAAUGAGAUUCUUAUCAAAUGCUCCUGUGCAUGUGAGUGAUGUAAAGUUUUAGUUACCUUUUCACUCUGUUUCGAUACACGCAUGUAGUGUUCUAGUAUGUUUCCAUUUGGCCAUGAAACAUUUAUCAGUGUUUAGAGAGUACAGCUUUAGAUUUUCAAGCAACAGUAAAAUAUAGGCGGGUUGUAAUUGCGGAUGGGUUUAAUUGUAUAAUUUAUAUCAGCUUACGAUGUGAUGCCCUUUUUUUUA